AUGAUUACACCCCACCCCUUUGUACCUACAUUCUUCUUCUUUACACAGCUUCUGGUUCUGUUUUCUUUAUUAAACGACCUGCCCAUGGCUACAUCCACAAGUGUGCGAAUUUUUUCUUUGCUUUCUUUUUACCUACACUCUCAUUUUCUUUUAUUAAAUUUCUUCUUUUUUUCCCUUUCUUUCUUUUAUGAAUUUUUCUUUCAUUAUAUCUAUUUUAAAUUCUUUUAUUAUUUAUUUAUUUAUUUAUUUAUCAUACUUUUUCCUUUCUUUCUCUUUUUAUUGUUUCUUUCUUUUUUUGUACCUUCUUGUUUUUCUAUCGUCGUUCUUUCUUUUCUCGUUUUUUUUUCUGUCUUUCAUUUAUUCGCCCCUUCCUUCUUUUUCUUUUUUAAUUUAUUAGUUUUUCUUUCCUUCUUUUUAUCUACGUUCUUUUUCUUUCUUUUUUUCAUUAUUUUACUUAUUCUUUUUGUCUUUUAUCUUUUUUCUUUCUUUUUCAUUAAUUUUGCCACUUCUUUCUUCCGUUUUUUCUUUCUUUUUGCAUACUUCGUUUUUUUUUUCUUUUUCAGUCUUUUAUUAGCGUUUCUUUCUCUUUUUCUUAAUUCAAAUUUAAUGCCGAUAUUUUUUAUUUUCUUUAUUAUUAUCAAUUAUUUUUUUCUUUUUAAUUAUUUAGUCUUUUUAAUUUUUUUCUUUCUUUCCGAUAACCCACCUUUUUUUCUUUCUUAUUCUUUUAUUUGUUUUUCUUUCUUUUUUUUUAUUUUCGGUUUUCUUUUCUUUUUUUUUUUUUUUGUUCUUUUUUUUUUUUUUCUUUUUUUUUUUGUUUUUGUUUUCUCUUUUUGA